AUGGGAAAGCUAUUCAAGAAGUUCAGAAUAGAAAAGGCUAAUGAAAGAAAAAAGGCCAAAGAAAAGCCAAAAAUAAAGAAAACACAAGAAAUAAAAAGUCAUGUAAAGGAGCGCUCAGAAAUAGAAAAAAUAUUUUGCUGCCUUGAUGUUUCAUACAGAAGGAAAACAGGAUAUAGAAAAAUCAUUGCCCUAGAAGAAGCAGAGCUAGAGAGAAACAUAUUUCUUAUAUCAGAAAAAGUACUGGAAGUGGUAGUAACCUUUGAAACCGUAGAUAGCUUAUUUUACUCUGUAUUGAAGAGAAUGGUAUGUCUCAAGAAUAGCAUUUCGAUACACACCCUUCUUAUAGACUAUUUUCUUGGGUCCAUUCUUUGUGGAGUUAAUUAUGAGAAGUUUGGAAACUUUCUUCUUAAACAUUUGCCACAGCUUCUAUCAGACAACAAAACCAGGAUUCUUCAAAUCAUUCCUAAUGGCGAGCUAAAGGAAAACAUAUCUAGGCUUAGAUCAAAAAGUAAAUAUCCCACCAUCAAAUAUCAACAGAAAUUCACAAUAUUGAGAAGUGAAGUAAUAACGAGCACAAAUAAGUACUAA